CCUGUGGUAAUCCAGCACAAGCAUUUUCAUCGAGCAGGAGGAUCACUUCAUGGUAGAGGGAACAAACUGCUAAUUCAACAAUGCUUUUGGUCUUAUCGCAAGCGCAAAAGGAUCAUCUUAAGUUCCUUACAGCCUUGGAAUCUGAGGUAGUCCUAGAAUUUGCAAGAAUCUCAGUGGAUUUCUUACAAAAAGGACCGCCAAAUCCCAAGAUCUUUCAAGCAGCAGCCCAAAAACUUGGAGUUGACGUUGAGGUGAUAAAAAAUGGCAUAAACGGACUGAUGAAUCUAUUGAGCGAGUGCGCAAGGCUGAUGAUAGGAGAGAUUGACUUUCAAGACUCUGUCAUGACUCUUGGGUUCUCAGAGGAAGUCAACAAAUCACUGCUACAGGUCUAUUUGCAGAAUCGAAAAGAGAUUCGAAAUGUGCUAUCACAGAUGGCGGUAGGGCUCCCCAGCUAUCAUAAUUUGGAAUGGAGAUUUGACGUAGAGCUCGCUAGUAGAUCCCUUCAUCAUCAGACCAACCCCCUAAUGCUUUUUAAACUACACACCAAGGAAGGGGCAGAAGAGGCUGAGUACAUCUUGCAAACUGACCCUGUUAAUUUGGUCCAUUUGACCACUUCUCUUGAGAAUGCACUACAGGAAAUGAAGGGAGCUCAUUGUAGAAGGAUUGUCAGGAACAUUAAAUAGAUACGUAGAGUUUUUUUUUUAUUUUCUGAUUUAUUGAAACACAGUGACUAUAUGCCUGACAGUCGGGAAAGGUCCUCGAAAUAUACUGUAUUUUUGAGAAAGGGCAAUGCAAUCUGAGUUGAGGUAGUUGUCAAUGUUGAAUGUUUUGUGUUGUCUACUGUAUGUACACUAUAAAAUCUUAAUUUUAGUGCCAUUUUAGUGGGAAUUUUCUACAAUAUGCUGCUAAAUGUCAGCAGCUCUCGAUUUGCUAAAAUAUUCUCUUAGGUAUUAUGCUUCUUCAAUGCAUCCCACCCCCUUGAUGCAGACCUUUAACAAUAUAAAGUCUAUACUAAACAAAUAUUAUAUUUUUUCUCACUGAAAUGUUUGUUUAGAUGCCUCUAGUCAUUAAAUAAGAGAAAAAUAGAAAUAAAAAGAGAAAGGAUA